ACAGUUACCUCGCGAGUUUUCUCAGGUGCGAGAACCGGAAAUGGCGGAAAUUUUGAACACAGAUUUUUAGCAUUUCAUUGUUAUGUUGAUUUUAUGUUGUUUAUUUAGUUGGAGACAAAUAUAAAAAAACAUCAGUACUGAAUCAUUGGUCAAUCUCUCAUUAUGGAAGAUAGCAGAUUAGAAAACUGUGAUGAGUUUGAUGAAGCCUUUCCUAUGAAGACUGGAUUCUGUCAACUGAUAACAGAAGAACAGUUUGAAGAUCAAGCACAGACAGAAACAGAAAAGGCUUUACAGCAAUUGAUGGAACAUUUGGACACCAAUCCUGAACUGAUACAAGAAAUGAUGAAGAAAAGAAAGAGAGAAGAGGAAGAAGAAGGUGGAUUUAUGUCCUAUAUGAAACUAAAGAUGUUAAGUAUGAUGGGUAGAGAUAUAGAUGCUAGAUAUGCAGUAACAGAGAAUGAAUGUGAAGAGAAAAUAAAUCAGCUAAAGGAUGGAAUGUCCAAAGCAUUCAUGUAUUCAUUAGAAUCCAAAGGAAGACGCUAUUCAGAAAGGUUGGCUGCUAAAAAACAGAAGAAAUCUUCAUCUUCAUCAAACGAUGAAAAUGUGGCUCCGUCCAUUCCAGUGGCUCCCCCUCUACCUCCCCCACCAGGGUCAAAGGUUGAAAAGGUCACCAGAAAGUCAAGUCAAUCAGAUAAAGAAAAAUUCACUCCCACAAAAUUGAGAACUCCAUUAAAAGAUAGAAAUCAGAUAGACACACCCCAAAGCUUGAGAGUAAGAAAAGAAGACAAAAGAGGGUCUAUAGCUUCCAUGGGUACAUGGAAGUCCAUUGGAUCAUUAAGUAGUCUUCACGAGGAACUGCUGUCCAUCAACCCUAACAAAUUGUUGAGACCUAGUAUACAUCCAAGGUCACCAGGUGGAACUCCAAAAAAGAAUCGAAGAUCACGAGGGAGUCCCUCUAGUACAUGUAAUGGUUACAGUACAGCAACCCCUCUAUACAAAGCAUUAAUCAAUGGUAUGCAUCAGAAGUUCAGGAAUGUGCGGUCUCCAAGUCCGGCUGUGUAUGAUAGCGAUGUAUCUGGAGGGGGGUUUACUCCAUGAUGUGUUUUAUAGAUAGGAAUUAUUUGGUUGAAUUGAAUCUCACUAAUGUUAGUCAAAUAGUAAUCUGGUCCGGAUGUCUUUUUGCUAUUGAUGAGUCUUGUUCCUGAUGUAAACACUACUUUAUUAUUAAUAGACCAUUUUGUUAUAUUAUGGUGAAAAUCUGUAAACAGAAUCUAUUGGUUUAUUUAUGAGUGCAGAAAAAUAUUGAGAUGAUGGUUUUAAAACUUACGUAUAUACUUUCCAAAUUUUACUCCUAAAAAAUGUCAUAAGUCAUUCAUUUAUUUUUAUUGUUGAUUAAUACAAAAACAAAUACAUUUAGGGUGUUUUGUGACCAUUGUAACUUAAAUUUGAAAAACCAAUUUUGUAAUGGUCAAACUAUCUGCAUCCAUAGCAGACUUGCUUAAAAAUGCCAAUUGAAGCAAUGGUAACAGACAGAUUUGCAUACUCUAUAUGAAGAUAUAGAAUAAAAUUUCACAUCAGUUUGUAAAAUGACAGUAAAACACAAAGAAUUCUGAAAUGUAUAUUUUUACCAGCUAAUACAUCCAUGCAAGCUCAAGAUUGCCUUUCUAUGCUUUUGUGAGAAUGCGGCGUAAUGCAACCAACAAUCAAUCAAUCAUUGCUUUUUUUAAUGUAUUUUUCUUCAUUUGGAAGUUAAACUGUCAAGAAAGUGAAUUUAAGAGUUAUGUCCCUUUUUGUGCCUACCUCAAUAAAGUGUUAGCCAUUAAUAAUAAUAUUUGUAAAGAAAAUUAAUUAUUUUUCUUUUUUUGCAAUUAGAAGGCAGAUAUGUGUUUCUGUAUGGAUUUAUAAGUGAAGGGAAUAAACUGGUUGUGAGAUUUUUACAAACAUGAAAUGUUGACAUAAAUAUUAUUUUUUAGUUUUGUUUUAUGCUAGAGAAUUGUAUAUUUGUAAUCAGUAAUAUUUUUAUUUGUAUAUAUAAUUAAUAUUAAUUUCAUUUUCUUGUAAAUAUAAUUCAUAAGCAAUAUUUUUAUAAAUUAAUAAAUGUUUUUCAUUUCAUUUCAUUUCAUCUAUAUGUAAAAGCAUUUAUUACAUCAGGGUAUGUGCAUACUGAUAUUAUGUUUUUAUCUUUUGUAAUAUUCUUAAAUAAUUGAAUACUUAUUUAACACAUACAUAGCUUUAUAUUUUGUGUAGACUGUAUUUAAUAAAGUACAAAUAAAAGAUUAAAAUUU